AACCAUCAAAAUGAGUGCAAGUGAUCAAAUAAACCCCGACUUAAUUAAAGAAAGGAAAACCUGCACAUUUAAUACAUUAGAAUUAACACAUCUUCUGGAUGGGGGCCAAAAUAAGACUGAAGAAAGAUGGGCUAGACAAAAAUUUUUCCUAGAGGAUCCAGAAUUGAAGUCAAAAGUUCCAUUAGAGUAUUUAAGUCAUAAGGAAAAAUAUGAAGAAGCAGUUCGAAAAGCCUGUUUGAUUUUUAAAAAAGUCCAACAACUUCAAAAUGAAGGCAAGGGAGGGAUGGAUAAUUUCAGGGAAAUACUGGGUGGGCAGCUAGGAACGGCAAUUUUGGGAGAUGGAAAUCCCUUUUCCCUCCAUUAUGUAAUGUUUAUACCUACCCUGAUGGGACAAGGUACUUUUGAUCAGCAAGCGGAAUGGAUAGAGAAAGCUUGGCAGUGUGAUAUUAUUGGAACCUAUGCACAAACUGAGUUAGGCCAUGGUACAUUUAUUAGGGGAUUAGAAACCACAGCCACAUAUGACCCUAAAACCGAAGAAUUUGUGCUAAAUAGUCCCACGAUAACAGCUUAUAAAUGGUGGCCUGGGGGAUUGGGCCACGCAGCCAAUUACGCUGUGGUAGUGGCGCAACUUUAUACAGGCGGUAAAUGUCACGGCAUUCAUCCCUUCAUAGUGCAGCUAAGAGAUGAAGAAACUCAUUUGCCUCUGCCCGGGAUUGACAUUGGUGAAAUUGGUUGUAAAUUAGGAAUGAACAGCACUAAUAAUGGUUACCUUGGAUUUAAAAAUGUCCGUAUACCUAGAACCAAUAUGUUGAUGAAAAAUAAUAAAGUUCUGCCGGAUGGUACUUAUGUAAGUUCACCAAGUAGUAAACUUACAUAUGGUACUAUGAUUUUUGUCAGGGUUGUAUUAGUGCAAGAUGCUGCUACUUAUUUGAAAAAGGCAGUGACAAUUGCAACAAGGUACAGCGCAGUGCGUCACCAGUCCCAGAUUAAACCAAAUGAACCUGAACCUCAAAUUAUAGACUUUGUUACUCAACAGCACAAGUUGUUUCCCAAUAUAGCAACUUGUUUUGCGUUUCAGCAUUCUGCCACUUGGCUUUGGGAUGUUUACAAUAAUGUGACAUCAGAAUUAGAAACAGGACAGUUAGAUAAUUUGCCAGAGUUGCAUGCUACAGCAUGUGUCUUAAAAGCUAUUAGCAGUGCAGAUGCAGCUGCUGGGGUGGAGACCUGCCGUUUGGCAUGUGGAGGACACGGUUAUAUGACGGCAUCCAAUUUGCCAUCAACAUAUGGCCUUGUUACUGCUAUGUGUACUUAUGAAGGCGAGAACACGGUUCUGUUACUGCAGACUGCUAGGUUUUUGAUUAAAAUGUGGCAGAGCAAGAAAAACUUAUCAACAUUGCCCACCCUUAAAUAUUUAGAAACCGCUUUACAUCAGCGCAGGCCCUUUGAGAAGUCAGUGAAGUGGAUUAUAUUUGCUCUGCAAAAAACUGCUGCCAGCAAAAUUGAUUUAGCUGAGAAGCAUAUAAAUGAAAGAGUGAAGAAAGGGCAAGCAUUUGAAGAUGCUUGGAAUAAUACUUCUGUGGAGCUAGUAGAAACAGCCGAUAUUCACGGAAGGGUGUUUAUAGUGGAAACUUAUUACAACACCGUUGAGAAUUUACAAGUGUCGCCUGAACUAAAGCGCGUUCUCAACCAACUUUUGGAGCUCUACGCCGUGAAUACAGCUCUUAAACUUACUGGUUCUUUAUUGAGGUUUACAGACAUAUCAAGUAGUCAUGUAGAAAUACUUCAAAGCUGGUUAGAGGAAUUGCUAGCUGCUUUGAGGCCAAACGCUGUGGGUUUGGUCGAUAGUUUUGAUAUAAGCGAUCAGGUACUAUCCUCUGCUUUGGGAGCGUACGAUGGUGAUGUUUACAAAAGAUUGUUUGAUGCGGCGAAAUCUAGUCCGCUUAAUGCAGAACCCGUGAACAAGUCAUUUCACUCGUACCAAAAACCAUUUUUGAAAUCAAAUCUCUAAUUUCAAGUUUUUAUUUUAUUUAUACUUUUAUAACGCUUAUAACGUAUCAAAAUACUCUACUAGAACAUUCCAAAAUUGUUUUUUUGUUUGCUAAUUGUUGACAAAUAUGGAACAAUUCGUUAGAAAACACGGGUCUGGUUAUUUGUGCAAUAACGAUUACACAAAUUAUUAAGUUUCUUUAUAUACUAUAUAUUAUUACAGAUACACAUUUAAUAUAUUUAUUAUCUUCUCUUUAAAAACAAUUCCAAAGUAUUUAGCAUGGGAGAAAGUACAUAAUUUAUAUAUAAUUUUUUUGCAUUUCUCGGGAAUAAAGUUUUAACAUUU